AUGGAGACCAUCCAGGACGGUCCAGACGAACGUUGGACAAUCACGCGGGUUCAAUCGAGCGACGAGGGCAACCGAAACGAGGAUGGUCCGCAGAAGGAUGAGGGUCAAACGGUGGCCCCCCGGGGUGCACAACACAACCAACCGCAGCAUCAACAAUAUUACCACCAUCACCCUCACCGACCGCAGCAGCAGCAGCAGUUGGCAGAACACGUACAUCAUCAUCCCGCGAACGCCACUCAGAGGAAGUCACGAACCAACGAACGGAGUAAAGAUCGGACGUCCGGAACCUCCAACCAACCGGACGCAGCCUCCGCAGCCGACACCCUUGUCGGCCUGGCCGCUGUCGAUGAUGGCGUCGGUAGUGGCGGCGGUGGAAGUAGUGACAAUGAUCGACGGCACCGUAAAAGCCACCCCGAGAAGCUUGUGGUGCAUCUGAUCAUUGGUUUUCGUGAUAUGUGUGUAUUUACACUAGUGCUACCGCUCGGUACUUUGUUCGUUUGUUUCGUCUCUGCUUACGUCUUCCAGCCAGAGGAAAUUCAUGAAACACACUGUCGGGUAUACAACAUCAUCCCAUCCAUUAGCGCCAUCACCGGUGUCAGUCCGCAGCGCUACCUGUGGCGGAUCUCCAUUGCGCUACACAUCGGCCCACGGUUCAUUAUUGCCUUCGUUUACCGCAACUGGUACCGGGCCAUGCUGAGCAACAUCGAGGAGCCGACGCGACGCAAAAAGGUGCGCCGGAUGAUUAACGUCGUGUACUGCCUCAAUCUGCUCGAGAUUAGUGCCCUGUGCGGUGUCACGUACAUCUCUAACAAGGAAAAUUACCCGCUGCACGAGAAGGUGUUCAUUGUCUUCAUGGUCACCUCGCUCUCGUACAUGCUGGUGACACUGAAGCUGCUCCGGUUGCUCCAACCAGAGGGUCCGCAGACGCCGCACGAGGAGUCAUCGUUGCGCUACAAGCAGGCCUUCUUCGCCCUCUCGAUCGCCAGCACGGUUGGGUUGAUACUGUUUUUCCUCAAACAUCGCUUCUUCUGCCAGGACCUCGCCUUUAGCUGGUUUGCGCUUUGCGAGUACAUCGUGGCAUCGGCCAACAUGGGAUUCCACUGCACGACGAUGCUCGACUUCCCGACCGAGGACUUGUUGAUCGCCAGAAACGCGAAACAGUACAAACAACCGUACACACGGAUCGGCUGGAAGCUGGAUUGA